GCUUGAAGAACUGGUCAUGGAUAAGCUACAGCAGCUCUCGAACUUCCCUCAAAGCACACACCUGGCCCGGUCUGCACUUCUGGACAUCUCUCACCCGGUCUACCCGCCAACUGGCAGUGACGUCAGCAGACAGCCAGUCCUGGAGACGAGAGAGUGCCUUCAGCGCAUGUGGAGCCCAGCGUCGUGGCCAAAAUCGAGCAGCUCAAGGCAGACAACCCAACCAUGUUUGCCUGGGAGAUCCGAGAUCGACUCUUGGCUGACGGAGUAUGUGGCCAGAGCAACGUCCCGAGCGUAAGCUCCAUCAACAGAAUUCUCCGCAACCGCGCCGCAGAAAGAGCGGCUAACGAGUACGCCAAACUGGCAACUCAAGUACUGCACCCUCUAUACAACACCUACUGGCCCGGCUACCCGUCUGUGCCAGGACUUCCACCACAAGUGCGUGCUGCAACAGCCCAGCUCUCAGUGCCAGCGCAGAUCAAACUGGCAACGCCGGCCAUUAUGGCGUCUACGCCCAACUUGAAGACAUCAUCCGCGGUGUGUCCGCCUCUGCAGCAGAGUGCCGUCUACGCUGACUGCUUCCACUUACCUUUGACCUCCAACACAUCGGUGACGUCAUCUUCCUCUGACGGAGAGGAGGAGCGGGACGGGGCGGAUACUGUUAGCAAUGACUCCAAACCUGUGUCAGCGUCACCAGUGGUGAGCCCUGACGUCAUCGACAGGGAAGGUUUGCAGAAGUUGAGAAGAAAUAGGACAACCUUCUCCUCCGGUCAGCUAGAGAUACUGGAGCAAGAGUUCUCGAGGACUCACUACCCUGGCGUUGCGACCAGAGAGGCUUUGGCAGGCAGGACAGGCUUAUCCGAGGCCAGGGUGCAGGUUUGGUUCUCGAACAGACGAGCUAAGUGGCGGCGACAUCAAAGACUGAAACUACUUCAAAGCUCCGCCCCCUACAUGUUCCAGUUCCCGCCUCUUCACGCGACAGGGGGCGGUGUUUGUGCCGAAGUCCCCGGCCACAAAGCAGUCAGCCCUCCGCCUGCUCUCAGCCAUGACGAGCCCCGGAUGUGUUCAUUUCCCAGAAAGCCCCAGUCGUGCCCGGACAACGAAGCAACAUCCAACUACCAGCUGAAAAGAGCACGCUAUAGGGAAGAAGAAGAACCUCUAUACUUUACAGGACUAAAGCAACAGCAAGUUCCAUGUCCAGAAAGCCCUCCCAUCAAACCACACAAUGUGGGGGGUAUAAACAUAACAGAAAUUGGCCUUCAGCACGACACAAUGACAACGCAAAAUAACCUAAACUUUGUUAAUACAAAACUUUGUGGAGUCGCGAGGAUUUCUGAUAGUACAGACAAACCGUUAGAUCUGUACACUAACAGGAUUUCGUUUGAAAGUGAAACCGACAACAAGAGAUCACCAGAGCAUACCCUAAUGACGUCACCUGCGGGUGUUGCAACGUCUUUAUUGUAUCAGCAAUGUUCUCCUGACGUCAUCACAACCAUCACAACAGCAACAAC